GUUUUGCAUCUCUGAAGAGAUAAAAGUCAAGGACUUCUGAACAGAGAAGCAGAGCACAAAAGUGCAAAGAUGAAGUCAUUUGCAGUCCUCAUUCUGGCAAUCGGCAGCUGUCUUUGUGAUUCUCAGAUUAAAAGCGAUUGUGACAAAAUUUGUGAUGUCUGCUCUUUCACUCGUAUAACUCAAGACCUGGGAGCUGUGGGAGAGAAAGUCACAAACAUUGCGGAUAAAAUAACGCUUCUAGAAAUCAAGCUUCAAAAAACUGAAAAAGAAGUCAUGGAUCUGCAGAAACGUAUUGGAGGCAUUCCUCAGGUAGCCUUUUCUGUAGCCCUCCUUGAUUCUGGCUUUGGAAACACUGGCCCUUUUGACAGUCCUACUCCACUGCGGUACAAGAACAUUUUCUCCAACACAGGCAGUGGCUACAAUCCUUCAACAGGGAUUUUCACAGCCAUGACCAAAGGAAUGUACUUCUUUCGAUUCUCAAUGUUUAACAACCUCAACUCUGUUCCCAACUCCGUUGUAAGCCUCAUGAAGAAUGGUAAAAGACUGACAUCCGUCUGGGAUACCAGUGGAAGUGAUGCCAAUGACAUGGGUAGCAAUGCUGUGGUCAUCCCUCUCGAAGUGGGAGACAAUGUGUAUGUGGAGCUCCAGGCAAACAGGAUUGUCUAUGACGACAGCAUGAACUACAAUACUUUCAGUGGUUUUCUUCUGUUUACACUGUAAUGUAAACAACAUGGUUAUAUGCUUGCAUGACUUCUUAUGAGGUAAGAUAAAUAUAUGCAUUUUCUCGGCUUUUUCCCAAAGGAUGUUUUAUUAUUAUUAUUAUUAUUAUUAUUAUUAUUACGACUCCUUAUUUUGUUUAUUGAGUAGUGGAGAAUUCAGAAACUGGUUGAUCUCACAGUGGCCCAUCAACAUACAAUCUAUGGAGGUUACACACAAAAAUAAAACCUGGGAGAAUAAAAAAAGAAAAAAGUACUUCAGUACGUUACCAACAGCUCUAAAAACUGCCAGUAUCUAAACCUUAAACUAUACCUUUUUAAAGGUAUAGUUAUUGGUUAUUGGUUAAAAAAUAAGAAAAAAAUUAAAAUGGCAGAAGGAUAUCAAAGUACACAGGCUGAUGAGCGAUACAGUAUACAGGCAGUGAUUUUAAUCAAUUUGGUGAGAUUUAUAUUGUUAGUUUGUCUUUUUUCUUUUUUAAAAGAAACUCCCCCUUUAUUCAGAUGUUGGGCAUUCGGGAAAACAUUCUGAAAGACAAAUCACAUGAGAUGCUGAACACUCCUUAUCUAAAUGUAUGAUCAGCUUCAAAGUUAACACGAGACUGCUGAAGGCACCACUUCCUUAUUGCUCUGUAGAGGAAAAGCUGAUAGAUGAAUAUCAAAUGGAAAGUAACACAGGCAAACAGCUCUAAAAUAUAUAACUUGUAUUACGUGUAAUAAGUGGUGAAAAAAAGUACAAAUGUAAACCUUGUUUAGGACACAAAUGAUCUGGGUGGCUUUGUUAGUUGUGCUACACUGCAAACCUUUCAAUCAGUUCAAAUUUUCUCUCAAAAGUCCUGACAUUAUUUUCCUAAAGGUCUUGGGGAUUAUUAGGAUGAAUAUGACAAAUAUGGAAUGAGACUUUUUGAUGAGCAGUAUUUUUCUCCUUGGAAUUCUCCGAUUGGUGCCAUUUGUGCAGUCUCUUUCUUAUCGUUUAUUACUACUGACCCUAACUAAAUCAAAUGAAGCCUGCAGUUAUUUAGAUGUUGCUCUGGGAUCUUUUAUGAGCUCCUGGAUAAGUCAUCAGAGACAUCAAAGUCCUCAUCCAUACCUGUAGGCUGUAAACUAUUCAAACAAAAUAUCAGAAUGCUUCUCUUUUUUUCUGAUAAAAUUAAUAUUGCCACUUCUUUGACUAGGUUUAAUGGCUUUAAUGCCUAUAAAAAAAAAAGGUGAAUUAUUUAAUUAAAAUGUCUUGCAACAGGACUGGUUAAAUCAUUUCUCUUAAUCAAACUUCUGUGUUCAUUAAUUCAUUCUUUUAGAGGAUGUUUCUCUUAUGUUUCUUUUGCAUGGGCACUGUGUCAUCUAGAUUACAUUUUUAGUUUUGCAAGUCAUAAAACCCUUUAUGUCAAUGAGCUUGCCACUAAUAGGGUGUUUAAAUCAUUUAAAAUUUUUUGUGUAUUGACAGUUUAUGCAAGACCCACAUUUAAAAUUAUUUGUAGGUUAUGAUUUAUCAAGGUUAUUUCUGGAGUUUUAGGGUCCUGGAAAGCUUUGUCAAGCAUAUCUCUAAUGUUUUUACCUCUCUAAUCAUUGGUGGUUCUUUAAAAAUCCCUGGUAAGUUUGGAUCACUUUGAAGGAUAUGCCAAUGUUUUAAAAUUAUUUCUUUAAUGUUCCUGGUGUUUGGUGUAAAGGUUGUGGAAAAGACAAGAUUUAAUUUAAGGUUUGGUUCUACCAGUCUGAGAAAUAACCUCAACAUCUGGUUUGGGAUUUAUGAGGAAGAUUGUGUGCGAGAAUAUUUUGUUUUUGGUAUUUCAUUUUCUUUUAGAUUGUACCUAUUUAUUAGAGAAGAUUGAAAUGGAUGAAUUGAGAACUAGACACAGUUUUGGUGAUUUGCAUUGUAAAAUGUCUGAAUGGUUAUUAUGAAAUAAACGAAUUUUGUCUGAAUGGUUUUGUCUACUAUC